AUGGUCCCUAAUGAAAUACAUGAGUAUUCAGGAAUUGUGCACUUGCUUCAGCAUUUGGGUUGGAUCUGGGUUGGACUCUUCAUUGUGGAUGAUGAUAGUGGAGCAUAUUUUCUGAAGACCAUCGAACCUUUGCUCUCCGAGAAGGGAAUCUGUUCUGCGUGCACAAUUAGACUCCCACGCCAUGGUCGAAUCUUUACUAACAAUAAAGAGGAUAUUAGGUUUGUAAAUAUGUUUGAAUCUUGCAUGAAUACUACUGCCAGAGCAUUUGUUAACUAUGGUGAUACUAUGACUAUUAUGUGGCUGAUCACCUUCAAAAAUGUCUUACUUCCUGACUAUAUGGAAAGCUCAUUUGUUGACAAGGUGUGGAUUAUGACAGCACAGAAUGAGUUAAUAGUAACAGGGGUUACAAGAAGAUUGAACUUAGAAAUGUUUCAAGGAGCAAUUUCCUUUGCAAUUCACUCAAAGCAGCCUCAAGGAUUCCAGAAAUACCUUCAGAACUUAAGACCUCAGUGGACACAAGCAGAUGACUUCCUCUGUGAGUUCUGGGAACAAGCUUUUGAAUGUUCAAGUCCAAAUCCCCAGGAGCUAACACAGGACGAUAAAACAUGUCUUGGGGAGGAGAAGUUGGAAAACCUUCCCAGAACUGUUUUUGAAAUGAGUAUGACUGGCCACAGCUACAGCAUCUACAAUGCAGUCUAUGCCAUAGCACAUGCUCUGCACUCCAUGCACUACUCCAGGGCCAAGCUCAGAGCAAUGGUGCACAGCGAAGAACUUCAUCUCGACCAUCUUCAGCCUUGGCAGUUGCAUUCAUACCUUCAAGGAAUUGCAUUUAAUAAUUCAGCUGGAGAGGAAGUGUCUUUUAACCAGCAUGGAGAGAUAGUGACUGGAUUUGAUAUAACUAGCAUGCUUUUAUUCUCCAACAACUCCUUUGUUAAAGUAGAAAUUGGGAGGGUGGAUCCCAGUGCUGUUGAAGGAAAACACUUCAUCAUCCAUGAAGACUUGAUGGAGUUACGCAGAAACUUUAACCAGGUGCUUCCUGUUUCUGUUUGCAGUGACUCCUGCAACUUGGGCUUUCAGAAGAGAAAGCAGGAAGGGAAGAAAUUUUGCUGCUAUGGUUGUGACCCAUGUCCAGAAGGGAAGAUCUCCAACCAGACAGAUAUGGAUGAAUGUUUACAAUGCCCAGAUGACCAUUACUCAAAUGAGAGCAGAGACCGAUGCAACCCCAAAGUGAUAACAUUUUUGUCUUAUCAAGAACCUCUAGGAAUUGGCCUAGUCUCAGUUGCUCUUUCUUUCACAUUGGUCACAGCUUUGGUGCUUGGAAUUUUUAUUAAGCACAAAGAUACCCCCAUAGUGAAGGCCAACAACAGGGACCUCACCUACACUCUACUCAUCUCUCUUCUGCUCUGCUUCCUCUGCUCCUUGAUUUUCCUUGGCCCACCUGGCAGGGUAAACUGCCUUAUCCGACAAGCUGCUUUUGGCACAAUCUUCUGUGUGGCAGUUUCUUGUGUAUUAGCCAAGACCAUCACUGUGGUUAUGGCUUUCAUGGAUACCAAGCCAGGGUCAAACAUGAGGAAGUGGAUGGGAAGAAGGCUGUCUGUCCUUGUGAUCCUUUCCUCCACUUUUAUCCAAGCAGGCAUUUGUGCCUUAUGGCUGGGAACUUUCCCCCCUUUCCCAAAUAUGAACAUGCAUUCUGUACCAGGGCAGAUCAUUGCAGAGUGCAACGAAGGCUCUGUCAUCAUGUUUUACUGUGUCCUGGCCUACAUGGGACUUCUGUCCAUCAUCAGCUUCAUGGUGGCUUUCCUUGUCAGAAAAUUGCCUGACAGUUUCAAUGAAGCCAAGUUCAUUGUCUUCAGCAUGUUAGUGUUUUGCAGUGUUUGGUUAUCAUUUGUUCCCACCUACCUGAGCACCAAGGGGAAAUACAUGGUGGCUGUGGAGAUCUUCUCCAUCUUAGCUUCCAGUGCUGGCUUACUUGGUUGCAUAUUUUUUCCCAAAUGUUAUGUUAUUUUGCUGAAGCCUGAGCUGAACAGCAAGCAAAGUCUAAUAAGGAGGAAGAAGUAAUGAACCAAUGUGAUUGAAUUCUUUGUGUUUUAUUUUUAUGUAACUAGUCAAGUGCUGGUACAUUUAGCCAUUUCCAGUAUUCAUCACAGGCUUCUUUAUCUUUUGAUUCCUUCAUUCAUUAUCUCCCCC